CACAUUUAGAGGCUAGAAGCGGCUCCCGGGGAGGGAAAGUGGGCAUGGGAAAGAAAAUUUUCUCUCCUGAACUGUUUACCCUGACGUCAGUUUGCAGAACUAGCUCUACCCCGUCUCCCCGAGUGUCUCCGAAACUCAAUUCCGUCUAAACUGGAGGACUAGCCGGGAUCCGCYCGGCCGCUGCCCUCCGCGGACCUCACGGAGCGAAGGAAAUGACUUCUGCUUCUCCUUUAAAGUGGACUAAAACACCUUCACGAUGAACACCUGCGCCUUUCUGCUGCUUUUAAGUGUUCAGAUCUACGCCGAUGGCAUCGAGGGGCCAACAGCUGCCGGCUGCACGUUCGAAGAGGAUUCAGACCCUAAUCUGUGCGAGUUCACCCAAGGGGAGCAGGAUGACUUCGACUGGAUGUUGUUUCGGACGUAUAGUGCGCCUUCGGCCAGCUCUGACCUUCUAAAGGGGUCCUACAUGUUGGUGAACUCCUCCCAGCAUGCCGCGGGCCACCGUGCUCAGCUGCAGCUGCAGACGCUGAGCGAGAACGACACGCACUGCGUCCAGUUCAGCUACUUCCUGUACAGCCGCGACGGCCACAGUCCCGGGGCCCUGCGGGCGUACGUGCGGGUGAACGGCGGYCCGCUCGGAAACCCGGCGUGGAACGCGUCGGGCUCUCACGGCAAGCAGUGGCACCAGGUCGAGCUGGCUGUCAGCACCUUCUGGCCCAACGAGUACCAGGUGCUGAUCGAGGCAACGGUUUCCAGGGAGCGGCGAGGUUACAUUGCCAUCGAUGACAUCAUGGUGCUCAACUAUCCCUGCUAUAAGGCCCCACACUUCUCCAGACUUGGAGAUGAGGAGAUCAACGCUGGUCAAAAUGCAACUUUUCAGUGUGUUGCUGCUGGAAGAUCCUCGGAGGCAGAAAAGUUCCUGCUGGAGAGACACAAUGGGGACAUUUUAACAAUGGCGUCGGUCAAGCAUCUGAGUCAUCGGCGCUUUGUGGUGUCUUUCCAGCUUGAUAGCGUUCAGCGCUCCGACCAAGACCUGUACCGCUGCGUCACUCAGUCCCCUCGGGGCUCAGGGGUCUCCAACUUUGCCGAACUCGUCGUGAAAGUACCUCCAUCCCCCAUCGCGCCGCCUCAGCUGCUGCGCGCCGGCUCCACCUACCUGAUCAUCCAGCUCAACACCAACUCCAUCCUGGGAGACGGCCCCAUCAUCAGGAAGGAGAUCGAGUACCGAGCCAGUCAGUCCCCGUGGUCCGAGGUGCACGGGGUCAACAUGGUCACCUAUAAGCUGUGGCACCUGGAUCCGGACACCGAAUACCACAUCAGCGUGCUGCUGACCCGGCCUGGAGAAGGAGGCACCGGCCCUCCUGGUCCUCCUCUUGUGAGCAGGACCAAGUGCGCAGAGCCCAUGCGUCCGCUGCGAGGCCUCGUCGCCACCGACGUCCAGCCCAGGCAGCUGGCCCUGCAGUGGGAGAACCUGGCGUUCAACCUGACACGCUGCCACACCUACUCGGUGUCCCUGUGCUUUCGCUACACCAUGGCGGGCGGCGGCGGCGGCCACAACACCACGGUGCGCGAGUGCCUCGCGGUGGAAAACAACGCCUCACGCUUCACGCUUCGUGAUCUGCCACCGUACCACAGCAUCCACGUCCGUCUGUCGCUGGCAAACCCGGAGGGGAAGAAGGAAGGCAGAGAGGUCACCUUUCAGACGGAGGAAGACAUCCCCGGAGGCAUAGCGCCCGAGUCACUCACCUUCACCCCACUGGAUGACAUGAUCUUCCUGAAGUGGGAGGAGCCCGUUGAACCCAAUGGUCUCAUCACGCAGUAUGAGAUCAGUUACCAGAGUAUUGAGUCAUCAGAUCCAGGGAUCAACGUUCCAGGACCCAGAAGAACCGUGUCCAAGCUCAGGAACGAGACCUACCACAUGUUCUCGAACCUUCACCCAGGGACAACUUACCUGAUCUCCGUUCGAGCGCGUACAGCCAAGGGCUUUGGUCAGACUGCGCUGACAGAAAUCACCACUAACAUUUCAGCUCCUACGUUUGAUUAUGGAGACAUGCCAUCRCCACUGAGCGAGACCGAGAGUACAAUUACUGUGCUGCUGCGCCCGGCGCAAGGCAGAGGAGCUCCCGUCAGCACCUACCAGGUGGUGGUUGAAGAGGAGACUGUGAAGAAAGUGAAGCGGGAGCUGGGCCUUCAGGACUGCUUCCCGUUGCCCAUGUCUCACGGUGAGGCCCAGGCCCGAGGCUCACCGCACUACUACACAGCAGAGCUGCCCCCCAGCAGUCUGCCCGAAGCCAGUCCCUUCACCGUCGGGGACAAUCACACCUACAACGGCUACUGGAACAGCCCUCUGGACCCCCGCAAGAGCUACCUCGUCUAUUUCCAGGCUAUGAGCAACUUUAAAGGGGAAUCAAGAAUAAACUGCAUCCGCAUCGCUCGUAAAGCGGCCUGCAAAGAUCACCGCAAAGCUCUGGAAGUGUCCCAACGCUCAGAGGAGAUGGGGCUGAUUCUCGGGGUGUGUGCUGGAGGACUGGUGGUCCUGAUCCUCCUGCUCGGCGCUGUCAUCAUCAUCAUUAAGAAGGGAAGGGACUACUACUCUUAUUAUCCGAAAGCAGUGAACAUGAAUAAGACUCCCAUUACCUACCGACAAGAGAAGAGCCAUAUGGGCUCCUUGGAGCGCAGUUUCACAGACCAGAGCACCUUACAGGAGGAUGAAAGAAUGGCUCUGUCCUUUAUGGAUGCGCACACGUGCGGCACGCGAAGUGAUGCUCGGAGUUCGGUGAACGAGGCCAGCAGUUUGCUGGGGGGCUCCCCGAGGCAUCAGUGCGGAGGCCGUAAAGGCUCCCCCUACCACACGGGUCAGCUCCACCCUGCCGUCCGAGUGGCCGACCUCCUCCAGCACAUCAACCAGAUGAAGACCGCCGAGGGCUACGGCUUUAAACAGGAAUACGAGAGCUUCUUUGAUGGCUGGGACUGCACCAAAAAGAAGGACAAAACCAAAGGGAGGCACGACACCUUGCUGGGAUAUGACCGUCACAGAGUGAAGCUCCAUCCUCUGCUGGGCGAUCCUAACUCAGACUACAUUAACGCUAACUACAUUGAUAUUCGGAUUAACAGGGAAGGCUACCAUCGAUCCAACCACUUCAUCGCCACUCAGGGACCCAAGCAGGAGACUCUGUAUGAUUUUUGGAGGAUGGUGUGGCAGGAAAACUGCUUCAGCAUCGUCAUGAUCACGAAGCUGGUGGAGGUUGGCAGGGUGAAGUGCUGUAAAUACUGGCCUGAUGACAGCGAGAUGUAUGGAGAUGUCAAAAUCACCCUGCUGAAGACAGAGACCCUUGCUGACUACGCAGUUCGCACCUUUGCCUUGGAGAGGAGAGGAUACUCCACGAAGCACGAGGUCCGUCAGUUUCAUUUCACCUCUUGGCCCGAGCACGGGGUGCCCUAUCACGCCACCGGGCUGUUGGCUUUUAUACGAAGAGUGAAAGCCUCGACGCCUCCCGACGCUGGCCCGGUGGUGGUCCACUGCAGUGCGGGGGCAGGGCGCACCGGCUGCUACAUCGUGCUGGACGUCAUGUUGGACAUGGCUGAGUGCGAAGGCGUGGUGGAUAUCUACAACUGUGUGAAAACCCUCUGCUCUCGACGCAUCAACAUGAUCCAGACAGAGGAGCAGUAUAUUUUCAUCCACGAUGCCAUUCUGGAGGCCUGUCUGUGUGGAGAAACAGCCAUCCUGGUGAAUGAGUUUGCGGUAACCUACAAGGAGAUGCUGCGRGUGGAUUCUCAGAGUAACUCCUCUCAGCUGCGUGAGGAGUUUCAGACUCUUAACUCGGUGACUCCCCACCUGGACGUGGAGGAGUGCAGCAUCGCUCUGCUGCCCAGAAACCGGGAGAAAAACCGCAGCAUGGACGUCCUGCCGCCUGACCGCGCCCUGGCCUUCCUGGUCACCACCGAAGGGGAAAGCAACAAUUACAUCAACGCGGCGCUCGCUGACAGCUUCCACCGGCAGGCCGCCUUCAUCGUGACCCCUCACCCUUUGCCGGGCACCACGGCUGAUUUCUGGAGGCUGGUUUUUGACUACGGCUGCACAGCAGUGGUCAUGCUCAACCAGCUCAACCAGUCCAACUCUGCCUGGCCGUGUGUUCAGUACUGGCCGGAGCCUGGUUUACAGCAGUAUGGACCCAUGGAGGUGGAGUUCCUGUCCAUGUCUGCAGACGAGGAUGUCAUCACUCGUCUGUUUCGGGUCAAGAACGUCACAAGGCUCCAAGAGGGCCAGCUGGUGGUGUGUCAGUUCCAGUUCCUGCGCUGGUCGGCGUAUCGCGACGUUCCCGACUCCAAGAAGGCUUUCCUCAACCUGCUGGCUCAAGUGCACAAGUGGCAGAGGGAGUGCGGGGAAGGACGCACCGUCGUGCACUGCCUGAACGGUGGUGGUCGUAGUGGGACCUUCUGUGCCUGCAACAUCCUCCUGGAGAUGAUCCAGUACCAGAACAUGGUGGACAUCUUUUAYGCUGUCAAAACUCUACGCAACUGCAAACCCAACAUGGUGGAGUCUCUGGACCAGUAUCGAUUUUGCUACGACCUCGUCCUGGAGUACUUGGACUGCUUCGAAGGCAGAUAGCAACUAACAGUUUACGACAGCAGCCRUUUCCCGUUUGCUGCAGAUUUGCUUUUGGGCCGCCACGGUGACGCCCUUUCUUCUCUACAGUUCGGACCUUUGGACUUUAAAGGAACACAAAGAAAAAAGGCAGGGGGUGAAUGAAAAGAAAACCUCCGUCAAGGUUCUAGAUUUUAACCUUUAAUGUACAGUUGUGAUUUCCUCCUUGUUGGUGAUGUUUUGAUAUGUUGUUUUAUUUUUGGGGGGUGGGGUUGUUUGGUCCACUUUGCCGCUCGGACUAAUUCUCUCACGUUGAGGAUCGCUGUAGCAGCAGCAGAACAACACCGGACCUGUUUACACCCAGGAAGGCUCGCUGCGGCUGUGCUUCAUCGUUUCAUUUAAACAGCGAGGAGGCUGGAGGUUAAACUUACCCAAACUUGGAGGUUCUCUCUUUACUCUGAAGAGUGACUUAUGUACAAUACCAUAAACUGCCUUAUUGUUUAAUGUUAAACACCUAAAUUAAAACAAUUAUACAGCUGUUAAAAAAAAGAAAAAAAUGGCAACAAAUUUUUAUUAGACAAGCAGCAUUAGAACUAACCAGAYGGGUUUUCAUCAGUAUUGAAGCAUAAUCUGUACAGUAUUGCAUUGUAUUGUAUUUUGCCAUAAUUUCUAUGCUGUAUUAGCAUGUGUGCUGGGAUUAGAUGGGGGUUCUGGUGUCACCACAAGGGAGAUCCCUGCCUCAUUACUCUCACGGUGCCAAUCCCACUGACUGACUUGAAUCSUUUAUUUUGUUCUCUCGCUUCAUUUCAAUAGAUGUCGGCGAACAUACAGUUUGAUCCACGCGGUUGUUCGUAUUUUUUUACGCAAUACGAAAGCAAGACAAAGGAGCAGCAGUGAAACCGUGCUGAGAUAMCGUAGUGCUGAUGUGAAAAGUGAUGUUCCAAAAAAGAAAAAAUUUAAAAGUCCUGUGGUCGUGUUUUAGCAGUUACGGCAUUACAGRUUUUAACUCACUUGUUCUUUAAGAUGUUUGGUUCUUCUGUAAAUUAUCAGCUCAAUUAAACCAGUAUGAUCUUUAUCAUUUCAGAUGCUUAUUUUGAGAAUUUUUUUUACCUUGAAUUUAGUUGUUAGUUGUGUAAAAUAAUACGAAAAAUGACUGUAUAGUUAAAAAAAACUGUGCCGAGGAUAAUAAUCCACUAUGCAUCACCACUUAUAACUGGACAUGUUGGUGUUUUGGCACCGUUUAUUUUGAGUGAAAAUGCUGUAUUGUGAAGGAGGUGGAUAAUAAACGUCUGUCCAGAGAA